AUGGAGUUUGUGGACAAGAUGCUGACGGAGGUGGACUGCAUCAUUCUACGGGAGGAUAAGCUGCCACAGCAGCCUAACAAGGAGGACUGUGGGAUUUUUGUUUGUCAGUACCUCAAGACCCUGGUGAAUACCGACUUCACCACGGUUUUGAACGGCCUCUGGUUCCAGGGUGUGACACCGCACCAAUACAUGCGGGAGAUGCGGCGCGACUUGUGUGCACACGCGUGCGGAGAUCUUAUUAAACAGCUGGAGGACCUGGGGAUUGAAAUCCCCCCGCAGGACGAAGGCCGGGUUACCGAUGAGGGGGCAGUGGUGCAAGAGAGGAACGCUGCUAUGGGAGAGGGGAGGCAAACUCCGGUCACUCGCCCUGUGGAGGACGCACGGGUUACGGAGAUGAUGAGGCAUCUGACGACGUUGAAUAACGAUGUGAGGUACCUGGACGCCAGCUUCACCGUACUCGCCAACUUUGUAGGACUGAGGCGGGACGAGGUGGUGACAGCUGCAACCCACCUACUGCUGCAUGGGGGUCACGCGGGGACCGGCGCGAAAGCAGAGGCGGGUGGCACCAAGAAUGCUCCACGCACUCCACAGCGUCCGUCUGCACGUAAGAGGCGGGAUGACAGCAGUCCUGAGGAGGAUGGCGUGCGCAAUGCCACCCGGGUUGCGCUGGCCUCCACGUUCGCUGCAUGUGAGCCGACAUCGACCUUGCUGCAGAACCCGCACCUCUCGCACGGGACCAUACCUCACUGGAUGUUCACGCGCGGGAUGCACCUGCUCGGGGCGGGUGUGCCAGCUGGAGCUGACGUGUGGGGAGACACGCGAGGGAAGGAGACGGUGAAGGCCGAAGAGGAGGAGGAUCUCGUGUCAGACACAGACGACGAGGAGGAUGAUGACGAAGCGUGUGCCUCCAGAUACACGGGUGUGAAGUUGGAUAAAGCAUCCGGCAAGUACGGCGUGAAGAUCCUGAUUAAGGAAGGUGGAAAGCGUAAGCAGCAGCGGUUGGGAGCGUACACCACGGAGGAAGAGGGGGCGUUCGCGUACGCCGCAGGUGCGUUCGUGCUGAGGCCACGUGACAAGAUACCCAACACGGUCAGCCUGUCAGCCGCAGAGAAGGCGAUGCUGCGUGGUUGCACCAAAGAAGAUUUGCAGAUCCUGGUGGAAGCGCGGAAGUGGUGGAGGUGGAGGAGCUGGCGGGAGGCGCUGGAUAGCGUGAGCAGCAAGCUGAAACGUGGCAGGAAGCGUGGGGGUGCCACAGGUACAUCAAAGAGGCACAGGGUGGUGGAUAGCAACACCAUGGCUACCAACGAACCAGAGGUCCCCGACAAUGCGGAGAGUGGGGGGACGGCCCCUGUGAGCGAGCAGGGCGGGGGUGCAAAGAACAAUGAGCAGGAAGAGCGAGGGGAAGACACUGAUGACGGGACGGGCGCCGAAAGUGCAGAUUCGUCCGAGCGCAGCGAGGAGGAUGACGAGGAAGGCUCAGACACUUCGGCCAGCGCCUCACACGAAGAAUCCGCCGACCCUGCUCCGGAGGCGAAGACGAACGACGAUGGGUGUGCGGGAACCGCUGCGCCCAAUGCUGACACGCGCGCAAGCCAAGGCGCGCGGGACACGGAUGUGCCUCGAGGUGACGGCCGAGGACAUGCGGACGGACCUGUGGACCGCACAUGCGGGAACACGUUGAACCCAAACGGCGAUGACGUGCGCAUCCCGAGCAGGGUCCUCGAGCAACUUAUACAGGCUCAGGACAAGAGCGCCAAGGAGAACGCGCGGUUGGAGGCGCUGUUCUUGAAUGCGAUGUCUCGGCCUUCCGGUGGCUCUCGUAAGCGUAAGGCGCAGAAGCAGAGAGACCCGGGACAGGGGCCGACGUCGACGAUGACCUUCUACCCGAGCAGCGACGAUAAGACUCAUGGAGUGUGUGCGGUGCUGGACCGCCUGCCGCAUAGCUUCGCUUGCUUGGCGUUGGCGGCUGACAAUUCGCGACGCGCGGACCUCAACAAGACGCUCUCUGAGUGGAAGACGCGGGCCGCCGCCCGCGUGCGAGACAUUGCACUUCCCAAGCUCGGCUUGUUCCGCGACGACAGGGACGCAUCCAGCCCGUGGGCACCAGAGAAGGAGCGCAGUAUCGAGAAGAUCCGGGAGCACAUUGGGCUUGGCGUUGUCCGCCCUGGUGAGUGCCAUGAAGACAGCAGGUGGGGUCGCCUACGUGUUGGUAUGCUGACAAUGAGUGUAUGGCGGCCAUUGACACUGACUGUGCGCAUGUGGUGUGCAGAAACCCUGGUGCUCACGAGCUGGGCGACAGACCGGAACGGCAUGCCGUUUGCCUCUCGGGCGUUCGCGACAUGCGCGAAGGUUGCAUUCAGGCCUAAGAAGGCCGGGCUGGUGAUGACUCUGAAGGUGUACCACCUGGCCUGGUUGGAGCAUGUGGUCUCCGACUGCGUCCUCUACUGGGAGGAGAGGAAAGGCCGGCUUUCCAACUCGGCCGGGGGAAACGCCCACGUUGUGGACGGCCUCAAGGUCCUGGUGAAGGAGGCCGUGGAGAGGGCGAUCCGGAUCCGCAACCCGGAGUAUGACGCGGAGCGCGAGGCGUGGACCUGGGGCCGCCAUGGACUGCGCAUCUCUGCGUGUGGCCUGGAGCACAUGAAGCCCACCGCCGCAGCUCAGUCAGAAGACCUCGUGAGGGAUGACGACCUUUCGGCGUCAGUUGGUGCUGAGUAG